AUGAAGCAAAAAGCAUUAGCGAACUCAAAAGCUUUUGAGCAAAAUAAUAAUUCUGUGAAAGAAGACAUAGAAUAUGCAAUUCAAGUAAAUCGAUGGCUUCUUUCUCCCCUUGGUAUUUGGCCAUUGUCAUCAAAAUCAAAUUUACUCAAAAAAAUAAUUCAAUACUUAAUAAUAAUUAUAUGUUCAUUGCUAUUAAUAUUUAUUAUUGUUCCUGGAAGUCUUUUUACUUAUGUGAAAAUAAAAAAUCCUGCGAUAAGAAUAAAACUAACUGGAGCAUUAAGUUUUUGUGUUAUGGCAAUAAUAAAAUAUUAUUCACUAGUGUCGGGGCGUAAAAAUAUUUCGAAUUGCAUUCAGCACUUGAUUUCAGACUGGGUGCAAGUAAAUUCAUUAAGUAAUCGUGAAAUUAUGCUCAAUUAUGCUCAGCUAGGACGUUUUGGUUCGAUAAUUUGUGCUAUUUUCAUGUACGGUGGAGGUUUAUUUUAUGCAGGUAUUCUUCCGCAUGUAUCUCCAAGUGUUAAAAAUGAAAACAAUGUCACUAUUAAGCCAAUUGCAUACCCAAGUUAUUUUUUAAUUUUUGAUCCACAACAAAGUCCAGCUUAUGAAAUAGUUUAUUCUUUGCACUGCUGCUGUGCAUUUGUAAUGCAUUCGGUUACAAGUGCAGCGUGCAGCCUUGCGGUGGUUUUUGUGAUGCACGCAUGUGGACAGUUAGAUAUUCUUAUUGCUUGGUUAAAUAAUCUGGUGGAUGGUAAUGAAAACCCCCUUGGAAUCAAUGGAAGAUUUUCAGAAAUAAUUGAGCAACAUACAAAAACUCUUAGAUUUAUUGCUAGUACUGAAAAUGUUUUGUGUGAAAUUUGUCUCGUUGAAGUUAUUGGGUGUACUUUAAACAUUUGUUUUUUAGGAUAUUAUUUGAUGUUAGAAUGGGAACAAAGUGACGCAAUUGGAAUAAUGACUUAUACGAUACUUUUAAUAUCCUUUAUUUUUAACAUAUUUCUUUUCUGCUACAUUGGCGAACUUCUCAAGGCUAAAUGCAGCGAAGUUGGAGAAACAACUUUUAUGAUUGAUUGGUAUCGUUUGCCUGAAAGAAAAGCACUUGGAUUGACUUUAACAAUCGCAACGGCACAAAAUCCAAUCACAAUAACUGCAGGAAAGAUUUUUGAUCUUUCGUUAAAUGGUUUUUGCACGGUGAUUCGAACGUCUGUUACAUAUUUGAAUCUUCUUCGUACAUUCAUGCUGGAGUGA